AUGCAGCAAUCCUUUCAUCUCAUCCCAUCUCAUCCCAUCUCAUCUCAUCUCAUCUCAUCUCAUCUCAUCUCAUCUCAUCUCAUCCCAUCUCAUCCCAUUCCACAGCCGCGUGGCUUAUUCGGCGGUGAAAUCCGGCUUCCACCAACAUCACAGCUUCUCCAUCCGGUGCUGAAUUGCCGUCGCCCUACCCGCUCCCCCGGUGCCUUUUAA